UGGACGACCUCCUCCUCAGCCAAACGUUCUGCUUCCCUACGUCUCGUUCUUUGGCCAUGGAUGAAAAGGUUCAUUACUUAUCGGGGCCUUCUAACUCUGCCCCAAGAAGAACUAUUAGGGAAGGAGAGAAAUCAGCUGGUGAAUUCAUCGCCCUUCCCGAGAUGCUCUCGGUCCUCGGCAUAAUGUCCUGCCUUCCUUCAGAUCCUUAUCAGAGGCAAAUGAGUUAUUCACCGUCAUGAGAGAAGCGCGCUAUCAAAUCACGUUCUAAUCUUCUUUCUUUAUGCUUGCAACAGAGGCGAAGGAGUCAUGUACAUACUAUCAUGACAGAAGCGCGGCAUGUACUCCACGUUCAAGCGUCCUUCCUUAUGCACCUCUUGUGACCUUGCUGCCCAUACCGGACCUCGGCCCGGCCGCACUUCUUCCGAACGCCUGCCCCGCAUCUGUAUGUCCUGGAUUCGGAUCUUUGUCGGAUCACAACAUGAAUACGCCCAGGCUUUCAAGUUAUAUGAAGAGCACGCAGCUCAACACCCAUCCAUCACCGCGCAAUCCUCCCUGAACAGCAAGACUAACUCAUGCCGCAAGUUGUACUCCCCAAUCAGUCGAACUAUAAAGGCGAAAAGCCGGUUGGAGCUGAUAGGCCCAGCCCGCAACUUGCACUUGGCAAGGAAGAUGAGCCACAGUGGCUUAAGGACUUCCAACGUGAUGGGUACGCCGUCGUCAAGGAUGUCGUCUCCCGCGAGAAAGCGCUGAACUACUAUGCGCCCGCCGGCGAAGACUGGCUCGAAGGUUUCAAGUUGGGUUACAAUAGGGACGAUCCGUCUACAUGGGAUGUCAAGAACCUGCCAAGGCACAUCUUCGGCGGCCUGUACGGGCAGUACAGUUUCUCGCACGCCCAGUUCGUCUGGGACGCGAAGACGGAGCCGAAGAUUGUCGAGCUGUUCGAAAGUUUAUGGGGGACGAAGGAGCUUACAGUGUCUUUUGAUGGCGGAAGCCUCGCUGUUCCUCUCCCGUUCGAUCAGGUGCAGAUGAAUGCGGAACCUUGGCCGCACUCAGACCAAAGUGCUUAUCGCCCACAGCGUCAUUGUGUCCAAGGCCUACCGAACAUCCUCCCUAAUGGACCCGAUGACGGCGGUCUGACAGUACUCAAAGGCAGCGCAAACCUCUUCGAGCAAUAUUUCAAAGAAAAGAUGCACCUCGAGCCACCGGAGAAAUGGUCUACUCGGGACGGCUUCGCGUGGACAGAAGAGACGCUCAAAUGGUUCUAUGAUCGAGGAUGUGAAUGGGUCAAGCCGGUCAUGGAACCCGGACACUUUGUUAUUUGGGAUAGCAGGCAAGUGCAUUAUGGUGCCUUCCCGAGGAAACAGAACAAGCGGUUUGCUAUCUACAUAUGCUACAAGCCGAUGGCUUUCCUUACUGAAGAGCAGAAGGCGCGCAAGAUCGAAGCCUUCAACCGAGGUUACGUUACGACACACGAUCCUUGCGAUUUCAUCGUCAAAAGCUAUCAGGACGCCGAGUUGAACAUCAAUUUCCCCUAUGGAAAGCCGGUGGUAAAUGAACAGGGUCAGAAGGCGAUUGGAUUGAUUCUUUACUGAAUAUCUUCUUCGAAAGAGGAGGGGAGAGGGAUAGUGAGGCGUGUACUAGCAGAACUCCAAUUGUAUUUCAUUU